GAUUAUAUUAAAAAAAUGCAUUCCUCCUCCAAUUAUUCUUCAUUUUCACCAAUUGCGACCUAUCGUAUUCCUCUUCACUCAUCCUAUUUACAUCUCACUCUCCGCCCCCCGCCGAAGCUGGCCGCCGCCAUCACCGCCUUCUCCUACCGCCGCUGCCGCGCCUACCCCUAUCUCCUCACGGGGAACGCUCUCUUUUCCCGCAUGGAGGUUAUGAGACAGAUCUGUGUGUUAAGUCUUACCUCAAUAUUGUUUUAUGUUUCCCAACAGCGGUUCUGGGCUGGAAGUGGUGUUGGUAGGAACCAAGAUAUGGUGUCUGAUUUGCAGAGCUCAGGCGUGAUAAGAUCGAAGAAAGUAGCAGAAGUAAUGGAAACAAUUGACAGGGCUUUGUUUGUGCCGCCGGGUGCACAACCCUAUCUUGAUAGUCCUAUGCCAAUAGGCCACAAUGCUACGAUUUCUGCUCCUCAUAUGCAUGCAAUGUGCCUCGAAUUGUUGGAGAACCAUUUGAAGCCUGGCAUGUGCGCACUGGAUGUUGGUUCGGGGACUGGGUAUUUGACCGCUUGCCUUGCCCUCAUGGUGGGACCAGAAGGGCAUGCAGUUGGAGUCGAACAUAUUCCAGAGCUAGUCGAGUCUUCUAUCAGAAGUAUCCAAAAGAGUGCUGCAGCUCCCCUACUCAAAGAAGGGUCCCUCUCAAUCCAUGCUGCAGAUGGAAGGCAGGGCUGGCUGGAGCACGCGCCCUAUGAUGCUAUUCACGUCGGAGCAGCUGCAUUGGAAAUCCCUCCAGCGCUCAUCGAGCAACUGAAGCCAGGUGGCAGAUUGGUGAUCCCCGUGGGGAAUGUCUUCCAGGAUCUGCAAAUCGUGGACAAGAAUGAGGAUGGCAGCCUAAGUGUCCGGAGCGAAACCUCUGUGCGUUACGUUCCAUUGACAAGCCGAGAAGCUCAGAUCCGAGGUCCACAAUAUUAGGUAUAGAGUAACGUUGCACUGUAAGUAACGCAUCGUUAUUUUCCUCUUGUAUAUAUACACUCCGUGUAACAUUGAUAUGCCUUGUAUAUUCUAUGAAUAAAGAGGCUAGCUUCCGAUUUUUUAAUAGUAUAGUGUUUAUUUCAUCG